AGGCAAAAGCAUCGCAGUGGUGCUUUGUGUAGUGGUCUUGAGGUGCGCUACUAAAUUUUUGUACCGCAAAAAUAUAUGAAGAUGAUAGUACACGACAGCAACACUACCGCUUAAGUUUCUAAGGCGAACGCGAACAACAACAUUUUGAGUAAAUUUUUAGGCUUUGAAGUAGUAAAAGUAUAAGUUUAUUUUCUAGCGACAAGACUUUAUCUUGUCGCAGUAGGCACGACUAUAGUAGAGUUUUGAAGAAGGUUGUGUAUAUCUCAAAAAAAAAUAUAGGCCGUUCGUGUCAACAUCCUUCACACAAAAAUCCUCACAUCAGCAACAUAGCUCCUUUCGGGAGAAUAAAAUCAGUACCACAAACAACGCAAAGUAGCAUUGAGCGUAAUUCCCAUCAUUAUAGCGCAAGAAGCGCAAUUAUUAUGCAGCAACCGUCAUGAGAAGUACUAGAACGGCCCUGACUGUCGGUUUGAUGAUUAUAUCGUCCGGUCCAUUACUUCGCUGCUAGUCCCUGCAUCAAGACAACCGUUGAUUGUUCCUUGCUUUAACAUUUAAAGGAAAAAAGCAGUCAAUGAUGCAGGCACAACCGUUGUACAUCCAAGCCGGCUGCAAGCUGGGCGACCAGGGCAUUGGUGCCUCGGCUCUCUCCUUUGCCAACCUGCAGAUGCAAAGCGACAAGUACCUCUGCGUGAAAGAUGCGGAGAAGGGGCAGGUUAUCCUGAGUAAAAACGUCCCCACCCCAUAGUCACGAUGGGAAAUCUGCUAGCCAAAUCAACAAGCUUAGGCUGUUACGCAUGACAAGCUUGGGUCCGUGAUGUAAUCCUGUUUAGCUCGUUCAGUAGCAUCACAGAGCUAGCCUACUAUGCUGCUUGGAGCAUUACAAAACUUCAAAACACGACUAGGAAUCGCCUCUCAUGGGGCUUCGCAUGAGAAACGUUUUGAGGUUGCGUCUUUUGCAUGAUAAGUAUGGGGUGGGGACGUUUUUACAUAGGAUACAGGUUGUGGUGUUUGAUAUCCAAAACAACUACGCCAAGGACACAAAACCCAUGAAGGCCGAUACGGCACUGAUGAACCCCUCCAAAAACUGGAUCGCACUCAAGGGUACUUUACUUAAUAUUGCAGUUUAUGCAAUACAAAUCUUUUUCGUAAGGUCAAUCAGCAUUACAAAUUCCUUUUCUCAUGCUGAGGAAAUUUGUAAUGCAUUUAUACGAGUGAUGUAGUUAAUUGUAAUUCGGAUCACACAACGAACUGCAGGUAAAAGUGACCAGGGGGGUGAUUUCGUCCAGGUUUACAACCUAUCAAAUGCAAAAAUGUCUGGGUCUGGAACUACAAAGCAACUUGUAAUGCUAAAUCUGAAUCAUGUAACAAUCUGUGUUGCGUGAUUACCAAAAGCUGUCAACUUUUGACCUAAUCGAGAGGCAGUUUCUCAUGCAGGGUAGGCAUGAUAAAACUCUCACAGAAUUUGUCAUGCUCUGUCCUACAUACCAGACCUGACGGGUCAUGGAAAACCGGCACGACAAAUCUUGCAUCCUUCCAGACCCAGACAUAUUUGCAAUCCAUACAACCUCGAUACCAAAGCGAAGCUGGGGGUGUGGAACUGCCCGGAGGACCUGGUGCUCAUGUCCUGGCUGAACGACGACGUUCUGGGUCUGGUCCUGUCAAGAACGACCUACCACUGGAAGGUCGAGGGGUCCGCAGAAGCGGAAAAAAUCAUGGACCGCACAGGUAGAAGAAGUUGUCUUCGAAGGUUUUUUUUCUUUUUGAUGGAACUGACUAUGUGGAACGUCGACCAUGGCACCUCCACCUGCGUGAAGAAAAAACACGUUCAUUGCCUUCACGUUAAUAAAGUAGCGCUCCAUCUUGAAACAAGAUCUACUAUUAAUAACUAUCUGAAAAAAAAACAGACAAGCUUGCGGAGCCUGCCACACAAGUGGUGUCUUACUCGAUGGACCCCAACGGGUAUCCAGGAAAAAAAGUGUGUAAGUGUAACUUUCUUUGAGAAACAGCAUCACAACUUUGCUCUACAUUAGAGAGAAAACCUGGCAUGCGUGGCUUGUAAGGAAAAACACACAUGAAAAGAGGACUUCAUGGCUGUCUGGCAUGACAGGCGCAACUCUGUUGCAGCAUGUCCUGCAACACAAAUUUACACUUACACAGUUUUUCUCUUGCAUAACGGGGCCUGGUGUCUGCUGUGCGGAAUCGCGAGCGACGACAAGAAAACCAUUGACGGCUACAUGCAGCUCUACUCCAUCGAAAGGAAGCAGCAGCAGCUCAUUCAGGGACAUGGCGGUACAUAAUAUGUAUUUUGCGUAGCUGUGGGUGUAGCUAUCCAGGUGAAACAGUACUGCAUGUUUAUGACUUGUUUUUUGCAUGAGAAGUUGUGCUUUUUGUUUUUCUCUUGCGCAUGACAAGUUUGUGACUUUUUGAAAAUCUAUCAUCCUAGGUGCUUUCGGCAAAACUCUAGUGGACGACAGCAACGUGCCGGCAACGCUUGUCACAUUCGCCAAGAGGGAUAAGGGAUCUUUCGCGACAACGUACAACUUAUUUAUUUUUGUGUCGACAAGGAUGAAUGGACUGUCAUGUUGCUGGUGUGCGAAAUCCAAAUCUUUGACUCUCGCUCUCCCAGAGCAGAUGACAUGCUGCGCUUCGAGAAGCAAACCGCUUCUCUUUCUAUUGAUUCUGAUUCCUUGUGCCAUUAACAAGUACUUCCUCUAGUGGGGUUGUCAAAUACAGGCGAUCAUCCCAGUUGUGAUCUGCUUGGAGUCGACGCGCCAGUCUAUGCACGAAAUAAGUACUUCUGAAACUACCCCAGGCUGCAAAUCAACGAGGUCGGGCAGGAUUUCAACACUGCGGGGCGAAAAAAACACAUGGUGCAAAAGGAGAUCCUAUCAAAUGCAAAAAUGUCUGGGUCUGGAAGACAGUAACUUGUGAUGCUAAAUCUGAAUCAUGCUAAAAUCUGUGUUGCAUGAGUGCCAAAAGCUGUCCACUUUCGACCAAGUUGGGAGGGGAUUUCUCAUGCAGGAUAGGCAUGACAGAGACCUGGCAGAGUUUGUCAUGCUAGGUCCCGCAUUCCAGACCUCAUGGGUCAUGGAAAAUCUGCAUGACAAGUUGCAUCCUUCUAGACCCAGACAUAUUUGCAAUGCAUAGAUCCCGAUGCCGCCGGAGAGCCCGAACGACUUCGCCCUGUCGAUGCACAUAUCAAAUGUAAAAAUGUCUGGGUCUGGAAGAAUGCAACAAACUUGUCAUGCUAAAUCUGAAGCGUGCAAAAAUCUGUAUUGCAUGAUUACCAAAAGUCGUCCAGUUUUGACCAAGUCGGGAGGGAGUUUCUCAUGCAGGAUAGGCAUGAGAGAGAUCGCGCAGAAUCUGUCAUGCUAGGUCCUGCAUUCCAGACCUCAUGGGUCAGGGAAAAGCUGCAUGACAAAUCGCGCACUUUUCCAGCAGACCCAGACAUUUUUGCAUUUGAUAGCACAUCAGCGAAAAAUUGGGAGUAAUAUACAUGCUGAUGAAGUCCGGAAACUUGUUUAUGUUCGACGUAGCAACAGGGGAGAUGUUGUACCGGAACCCGGUCUCGAAGCAACCCAUCCUGAAAGCCUGCAACGCACCGAAGACCGGUAUAGUGUUAAAGACGAAGGCGUUGCGACAAAUUUUUACGUCGAGCAACAUAUAUGUAGUCAAUGAGUCCUUUCUUGGCGGCACAGUAGUACCUUGACCUGCAGCUUGACUUCGUAGUUCCUACACGUUUCACUGUAUCGUCGCGCCGGUGCGAUUUUUGCUCUGUGAUGUGAAGAUUUAUUUGUGCGUAAUAUGUUUUGUAGUUCCCUCCGUGUUGUGUAUGAAAAAUCUUAUCCGUUCUUCAUCCUUCUUGUUCUCCCCCCCAGGCGGCAUCCUGUUUAUCAACAAGGACGGGCACGUGUGCAGUGCCGGCGCCAGCGAGCAAGGCCUGGUGCCCUACAUCUUCACCUCCGCCAUUCCCAACAAGCAGGAGAUCGGCAUCAACCUCGCCAGGCGGUUCGGUUUCGCCGGCGCGGAGGAGAUUCUCAACACGGCGUUCCAGAGGGACUUUGCCAUGCAGAACUACAAGGAAGCCGCUACCACGGUCGCAAAAGCGAAAGCCCUACGGACCAGCGAAACCAUUGAGAAAUUCAGGGUAUAGUUGUGUUUUUAAAGCUAGUUGUAGAGAAUCACCGUCGAAGACUUUGGACGCACGUGAGGAGCAGAAAAGUUCUUUGCAUUCGAUAAAAAUCAUACCGCGAAAAAAACAUUUUAUCGUUCUCGUUUUCGUGCAAAAAUCACAGAACGCGCCGCAGCCCGCGGGGCAGCCGCUGCCGCUGCUGACGUAUUUUUCUACCCUGCUCGACAAGGCGGGGAAGUUGAACAAAUACGAGUCCGUGCAGCUGUGCCAGCUGGUCGUCCAGCAGGGGAGGCACGACCUCAUCGAGAAGUGGCUUAACGCCGACCAGUUGGACUGCAGCGAGGAGUUGGGCGACGUCAUCAAGCAACUCCCCGCGCUGAGUCAGCACGCGCUCAAAGUCUAUUACAAGGGCGAGGCGCACCAGAAAGUGAUCAACAGCUUUAUGGAAAUGGGGCAGGUGGACAAAAUCAUCGAGUACGCGAAAAAGGUACGGAAUUCCCUAUAAUUUUCAUCGUUCUGCCAUUCGACAGUUGGUAGAAGUGGUGGUGUCUAUCGGAUAGUUAACGCGAAAAAUGAUUCUACAACUUUUUUCUCAUAUGAUCUUCCUGAUGCAGCAGCAGGAGGCUAAGUAGCCUGUAGGUGUAGCUAAAUGGCACAGUUUUUAUGCAAUGAAAACCAUCGCAAAAAAUAAACAUGGUAGUAUUUGAACACUCGUCUCUCAACAACAGGCCAACGCCAAGGCGGACUACUCCGGGCUGAUGCGAAACUUGGUGGCGGUGAACCCCCAGCAGGCGGUUGAGUUUGCGAAGAGUCUGAUGAACAACGUGCCGCCGCUGACGGACAUCCGGCAAAUCAUCGACACGUUUAUGAGCCAGAACCGGCUGCAGGAAACCACGUCGGUGCUGAUCGAUUAUUUGAAGGAAAACAAGCCGGAGCACGCGGCGCUGCAGACGGAGCUGUUCCGCAUGAACUUGCUCCAGGCGCCCCAGGCGGCGGAGUUGAUCUUCCAGUUGGACACCUUCACCCACUACGACAAGCAGGUGGUCGCGCAGCUGUGCGAGAAGGCCGGAUUGUGGAAUCGGGCCCUGCUAUCAAACGCAAAAAUGUGUCGGCCCGGAAGGAGGCAAGGUUUGCCAUGCACAUUUUGCAUGACUCAUGAUUUCUGUGAUGCAUGCCCCAGCAUCACAGAUUUUUUAAGAGCUUCUUGAUGCUAAUUACGCAUGAGAAGUUAUGCCCUCUCCGCGUGCCAAGAACUGACGCCUCUGGCUGCUCAUGCAACACAGAUACUUUUGGAAUUCGCAAACAGCAUUACAAAUUGCAUUCUUCCAGACCUAGACAUAUUUGCAUUUGAUACCUGCAGGACUACACGGACAUCUCCGACGUGCGCCGCGUGUUGGCGUACGCGCCGACCAUGAACGCGGAAUUUCUCGUGAAUUACUGCACGAAACUUCCCCCGCAGACGUGCCUGGAGGUGAUGGGGGACCUUAUGCAUUGCAAAAGUAUCGUACUAGUAUAAAUCGCAAUACAAAUUUCCUUAGCUGCAUUAGAAAUGGAAUUUGUAAUGCGGAUUUGCCUUAAGAAAAAGAUUUGUAAUGCAUGACUGCGAUUACUACGAGUGCGAUACUUUUGCACAGGAUAGACCUGAUGAAAAACCGACACCAGAACUUGAACGUGGUCGUGCAAGUGGCCAUCAAGUUAUAACAGUGCACAACUCCCCGUGUCCCUCAUUUGUCAUGCAAAAUACCCAAUCCGCCCUUUGCUUGUUGGCACAAUUUGCAUGACAAGUUCUGAUAGCCCAAAUAGCGCUAUACUCCAGUGCAAGUCUGUCAUGCAAAACCGGCAUUCUUGCUGAUGCUUGUAUGGCCGUUCGUGCUAUACAAAUGAGGGGGAGGGGGAGUUGUGCGCUGUGAUACAAGUGCCACCAGCAGAUCGGCGCGGAGAAGCUCAUCGAGAUGUUUGAGUCGUAUUACAAUGAAAAAUGCCCCCACCCCACACUUGGCAGCAUUUGUAAUUGUAUUGCAAACCUUUCCAAUAGAAACAUUUCCCGUCUUGCAUAUCUCAGCAUCACAAAUUUUCCAUGCUGAAUAGCUCGAAUUUGUGUUGCGAAGGGGCCCAACAGCAGCUGGAUAUGUUAUGCACAAGGUACCUUGCGCACCUAGAUUCUGCAUCAGAAAGGCUCGCAAUCCUUUCAUGCAAGACAAAAAGCUUUCAUUUGGAAACUUUGCAUGACAAUUCGGGGGUGGGGGCAUUCUUCAUUGUAAUAAGUCGUUCUCCAGUUUCGAGGGCGUAUUCUACUUUGUGGGCGCGAUCUCCAGCCAGAUGGGCGAGGGCCACCCGGAAGUGAUCUUCAAGUACAUUCAGGCGGCCUCCCGGUUGGGCAACGUGCAGGAGGUGGAGCGCGUGCUGAAGGAAAACCCCAAAAGUUACGACCCCGUGAAAGUAAAAGACUUCCUGAAAGGCGAAAAACUCCCCGACCCCCGACCCUUGAUCUACGUCUGCGACCUACACGGCUUCAUUGAGGAGCUGGCGACAUACCUGUAUAGUUUGUUUUUGAUGUCCGAGUUUUUUUUAUUUCCUGGACACAGCAUAAAGGGUAAAAGAUGAAGGACCACUUCUUGGGUUUUCAAUAUUUUCUCACGCGAGAUCAUGAACUUGUAUGGUUAUCAACCCAAUAUUAAACUACAGGUACAACAACCAAUUACUGAAGUACAUUGAAGUGUACGUGACGAAGGUAAACCCGUUGAACACCCCGAAGUUCGUCGGUACCCUGAUCGACCUCGACUGCAGCGAAGAUUUUAUCAAGCAGUUGCUCCAGGCGGUUCGUUCCGCCUGUCCGGUGGAGCCGCUGGUGACGGAGUGCGAGAAGCGCAACCGGCUGCGGCUGUUGCAGCCCUGGCUGGAGGCUCGCGUCUCCGAGGGGAACCAGGAGGGCCCGUUGCACAACGCGCUGGCCAUGAUCUGCAUCGAAACCGGGCGAGACCCGGAAACGUUCCUGAAGAACAACCACUUCUACGACAGCAAGGUCGUCGGGAAGUUCUGCGAGGAACGGGACCCCCACCUCGCCUACACAUGUUACAAGCGCGCCUUCGGGCAGUGCGACGAGGAGCUGGUGGCGGUCACGAACAAGUAUCCUGAGCAAAAACGUCCCCACCCCAUAGUCAAGUUGGUAAAUCUGCAACACAAAUCGCCAAGUUUUGGGAGUUGUGCAUGACAAGUUUCCAUCUGCAGCGUUGUACUGGUUAACAAGGGAAGCCGCAUGAGAAAGCCAUUUUGUCAUGGUGUUUACAGCAUUACAACAGAUUUCAAAACACGAUUGGAAAUGCCUCUCAUGGAGAUGCGCAUUACAGAUGCUCCUGUCGUUGCGCAUUUGCAUGACAACUCUGGGGUAGAGGGGGGGGGCAAAGUGUGCUGCAAUUCCUUUAGCAUGACAACUCUGGGGUGGGGACGUUUUUACAUAGGAUAACAAAAACGGCCUGUUCAAGCUCCAGGCGAAAUACCUGGUGGAGCGGAAAUCCCCCGAGCUGUGGGCCACGGUGCUCGGGGAGGAGGCGAACCAAGAAUUUCGGAGGAAAACCAUCGACCAGACGAUCAGCUCCGCGCUCCCGGAGUGCAUAUCAAAUGUAAAAAUGUCUGGGUCUGGAAGAAUUCAUGUUUGUCAUGCUUGUCUUGCAUGACUCUUAAAUCUGUCAUGCACGGUUCCCAAGAGCUCUGAUUUUCUGUGAUGCAGAAGCGCAGUUUGUCAUGCAGAAUAGGCAAAACCUAGGAGCUCAGAAACUUGUCAUGCUGAGCCAGCAUCUGUAGCCUCGUCAUGAGACGCCACCCAGCAUCACAAGUUUCCAGACCCAGACAUUUUUGCAAUCCAUAGUGCACCAACCCGGACGAAGUGUCCGUCACCGUGAAGGCCUUCAUCGCGGCGGAACUGUAUCAACUGUAAAAAUGUCUGGGUCUGGAAGGUUGGAACUUGUAAUGCUAGCUCUACAUUCCUGGGAAAUCUGUAUAGCAUAACGAACAAAAGUCGCAGCCUCUUUUGUCAUGCAAAAACGCAGUUUCUUAUGCGGAUUGCCUACGAGAAAGCGUUUUGGGAAGUUGUCAUGCCGGACUGCAUUCGGAAGUGUUUUCAUCAUGCACAUGUUAGCAUCACAAGUUUCCAGACCCAGACAUUUUUGCAUUGGAUAAACUGCACUCGGAGUUGAUUGAGCUGCUGGAGAAGAUCGUGCUCCACCGGUCCGAGUUCGCCAACGCACGAAACCUGCAGAAUCUGCUGAUCCUCACCGCGAUCCGCGCCGACCCCACAAGGGUGAUGGACUACAUCAACCGGCUGACCAGUUACAACGGCCCGGAGAUCGCGAAAGUGGCGCUGGGUCCAGAGUACAAGCUGUACGAGGAGGCGUUUGUGAUCUACAAGAAGGGCGAAAUGCACCCGGAGGCCAUGGACGUUUUGCUGUUGAACAUUGACAGCAUAGAACGGGCCGCGGAGUACGCCGCACGGGUGAACGAGCCGGUCGUGUGGAGCAAAUUGGGAAAGGCGUACUUGGAGUCAGGUAGAGUGACUUGCAUAAUUUUCAAAGUGAGCUCAGCAUGACAAAAAUGAUUUGUCAUGCUGAUUGAUCUACUGUGCGAAGCCGAUGAUUUAUACGCAAAAUGAAAUUAUCAGGUGCCGUGGCCGAGGCCAUCGACAGUUACAUUAAGGCGAACGACGCUUCGGACUACAUGGAGGUGAUAUCCGUGGCGGAGAGGCAGAACAAAUUCGAGGAGCUGGUGACGUUUCUGAAAAUGGCCCGGAAAUCGCAGAAGGACCAGCACCUGGAUUCGGAGCUGGUGUACAGCUACGCGAAGAUCGACAAUUUGGCGGACUUGGAGGAGUUCGUGUCCGGCACCAACACCGCCAACUGCCAGAUGAUCGGCGACCGGUUGUACGACGAGGGCAACUACAAGGCGGCCAAGCUGCUCUUCCAGUCGAUUGGCAACAACGCGAAGCUCGCGUCCUGCUACGUCAAGCUGGAGGAAUACAACGCCGCGGUUGAAGCGGCCAAGAAGGCGAACAAUCCGAAGGUGUGGAAGGAGGUCUCCGUCGCCUGCGUCGCCGCGCAGGAGUUCCGAUGCGCCAGUAUCGCCGGCAUGAGCAUCAUUGUGCACCCCGACCAUUUGGAGGAAUUAAUCGCCCAGUACGAGAAGCACGGGUAUUUCGAGGAGCUGAUCCAGCUGCUGGACCAGGGGCUCUCCGCGGAGCGGGCGCACGUCGGGAUGUACACGGAGUUGGCGAUUCUGUACAGCAAGUACAAGCCGGAGAGGCUGAUGGACUUCAUCAAGAUGAACACGCAGAAGUGCAACAUCCCGAAGGUGAUCCGGGCCUGCGAGCGCCACUGCCACUGGGAGGAGGCGGUGCAUUUAUACACGCACUACGACGAGUACGACAGCGCGGCCAACUGCAUGAUGCAGCACUCCCCCGUGGCCUUUUCCCACGACCAGUUUCUCUUCGUCAUGCAGAAAGUCGCGAACACGGAACUCCUGUACCGGGCCAUCAGCUUUUACAUCGAGGAGCAACCCCUGCUAUUGGACGCGUUGCUGAAAACCAUUGAGAGCAAGGUGAUAUUAUAAUUGCAAUACUGCAUGACAAUAAACGUCGCGUGUCCAUUAUACACUACAAAAUUCCUUUCAGCUUGCCGCAAUCUGCGGAAAAAUGCGACUCAUCGACUCGGGCCGCGCUAUGAGAAGUACAAGAACUCUUGUACACUACUGCAUAACCACCUAAAACUCAACUCAACUCUCAGGUCGACCACGCGCGCGUGGUGCAGCAGAUGCGGGACAUGGGACACCUUCCCCUGAUCCUGCCCUACCUGAAGCAGGUCCAGGUGCACAACAUUCAGGCGGUAAACGAGGCCUUGAACGAGCUUUACCUGGAAGCCGAAGACCACAGCAACCUGCGAAAAUCGAUCGAGGAAUACGUAUCCUGUGCAAAAGUAUCGUACUCGUGGCAAUUGCAGUCAUGCAUUACUAAUCUCCUUUCCAAGGUAAAACAGCAUGACAAAUUCAAUUUUUCAUGCUGAGAAAAUUUGUAAUGCAAUAUAUACUAGUGCGAUGCUUUUGCAAUGCAUAAUACGAAAACAUUGACCAACUCUCGCUCGCGGGAAAGCUGGAAAAGCACGAGCUGCUGGAGAUGCGCCGAAUCGCCUCCUUGGUGUACAUAUGGAUUGCAAAAAUGUCUGGGUCUGGGAGAUUGCAACUUGUCAUGCUAAAUCCGAAUAAUGCGGAAAUCUGUGUUGCAUGAGGGCCAAAUAAAGCUGUCCACUUUCGACCAAGUUGGGAGGGAGUUUCUCAUGCAGGAUAACAUAGCAGAGACCUCAGAGCCUCUGUCAUGCUAGGUCCCGCAUUCCAGACCUCAUGGGUCAUGAAAAACCUGCAUGACAAGUUUAACACUCUUCCAGACCCAGACAUUUUUGCAUUUGAUAGGACAAGAAAAACAAGAGGUACGGGAAGGCCAUCGAACUGUCGAAAAACGACAAGAUUUUCCAGGACGCUAUCCUAAGCAAAAACGUCCCCACCCCAUCGUCAAGUUGGGAAUCUAGCAACACAAAUUUCCAAGUUUUGGGAGCCGUGCAUGACAACUUUCCCUCUGCAGUGUAGUGCUGAUUGGCAAGAGAGGCCGCAUAAGAAAGUUAUUUUCACUUCGUGUUUACAGCAUUACAAAUUCCAAAACACGAUUGGAAUUUCCUCUCAUGGUGCUGCGCAUGACAAAUGUUUCUCUCAUUUCACAUUUGCAUGACAACUCUGGUGGGGGGACGUUUUUACUUAGGAUAGACGCCAUGGAAACCGCGCGGGACAGCGGGAGCAGCGACCUCGCGCUGGAGCUGCUGCAGUACUUCAUUCAGGAGCAAGACAAGGAGUGCUUCACGGCGUGCUUGUUCACCUGUUACGCCUUGUUGAAGCCAGAUGUGGUGAUGGAGCUCGCGUGGCGCAACAACAUGAUGAACUCCGCCAUGCCGUACCUGAUUCAGUCCGUGAAGCAGUACACGGCGAGAAUAGACGGGCUGGACAAAAAAGUGGAGAAGGAGGAAAAGGAGAAGGAACAGCAAAAAUCCGCGAACAACGACUACGUGGCGGAUUACGGUAUGAUAUGUGGAGACUUGUUUUUUUUUCAAGCUUGGUUGAUAUCAAAGUCAAAAAGUAUAAAACACUAUUGAUACUACCAAGACCUAUAAUGGUUUAGUACCUGUUCCUUCUCUAUCGCAGGUAUGGGUCCUGCUGGGAUGAUGCCCGGGUUCGGCCACUUGGCAAUCGGAAACGCACCCUUCCAGCCCGCAGCCAAUGGCAUGAUGGGCAUGGGCGGCCCACCGAUGGGAGGUCCCGGGAGUAUGGGCGGCUUUUGAUAAGGAACCACUUAUCAUGAUCUCUUCCGUUGAUUCACAAUAAGAAUAUAUUGAGACACAGCUGUACUACCCGAAAUCCUUUCUGUUCCCAAAAAAGACAACGCUAAGGCCGUUGUCCUACUUUCCCAUUUCAUCUACCGAUGCAAGUAUUCAGGUUUUGCAAGCAUCGAAAUCGAUGAUCAUAAAAACGCACUGACAGCUACACAUCGAAUUCUGUGAAGGAUAUUUUUUAAAGUUUCUACCACACUGUUUGCUUUCACUGAAGAAGCAAGCACGCAUGUUGUUUUGGUUUUCCUUUGACCGCCUAAAAAGUUUUAUAACUUUUACUUUUCAAAAAAAAAUAUCCAGCGACAACUAGCAAAUAAAACGUCCGCACGUAAUCUACUCUGCUCAAUCUUUAUUACGAUACUCGCAAGAGCUUCUACGACCAACCUAGAAGCUCCUCUUCAGUUGUGGUUUAGAAACUUUGCUCGUUCACUUCAUCAGUCUCGUGUUUGGCACUUAUCGGAGAAGGGAGGACAAAAAAACUCGCACUCUUUCUGCUGCUGCUGUCUCGCCCCCGAUCGGAAUAUUAAAUGCUAAGAACAACAAGCAUUAGCAUAGUAGUGUCUGGCAGCUUUUCUGCAGCCUUUCGAGGCAGUAGCGAGAAACCUCCCACACUUCAUGUUGCUACGGUUUCUGCUUAGCGAUGUUGGGCUGUACUUUUCUACUUCUGCUUAGAAGGGGAUGUUGAAAUAAUGUCUUGUAUCUGUUAAAUUCUUGGGUCACUUGUUGUUGUAAAAAAGCUUUCAAAAAUCAUCUUCUACCGCUCUACUUCGGAUCAUCUAUUUUUCGAACAGUGUAAAUGCGAUGAAAUUGGUUUGCGGUUUCAUUCUGUCGUUGUGCACAACAAGCAUCGAGGUGACGAUUAUUCACAACACAUGCUUCUGCGUUCUUUUUAUCUGAAGUUCAUUUUCGCCCGGUCUGCAGUUCUAUUCGACAGGCUGUAUCGAUAUGGCGUUGCGUGGUCGGAC